AGUGGCAGUGAACCCACAAAGACAACUCUUCUCUUGUUUCAAAACGGACACUCUCUUUCUCUCCCUCCCUCCUCUCUCUCCUUUCCUCAGAGACGAAGAUGAGCAGCUUCUUUUUAAAUAUGCGUAAUGUCUCUAAGACAGUUAAACAGAAGCGUCUCCCUGACGGAUCUGCCGGUCAUGACUUGCUAAAGCAUGCAGCACAGACUUUAGGAUCAGGUAACAUCAAAGAAGCUGUCAAACUCCCUGAUGGAGAGGACCUCAAUGAAUGGAUAGCUGUGAACACUGUGGAUUUCUUUAAUCAGAUUAACAUGUUAUACGGUACCAUUACUGAGAAGUGUACUUCUGAGUCUUGUCCUGUAAUGUCGGCCGGACCAAAGUUUGAGUACCAUUGGGCUGAUGGUACUAAUGUUAAGAAGCCAAUAAAGUGCUCAGCUCCAAAGUACAUUGACUACUUGAUGACGUGGGUCCAGGAGCAGCUGGAUGAUGAAGCUAUAUUCCCCUCCAGAACUGGUGUUGAUUUUCCUCGUAAUUUCAUCACGGUUGCCAAGACGAUACUUAAACGUUUGUUUAGAGUUUAUGCUCACGUAUAUCACGCCCACUUUGAGGACAUACUCUCACUGAAAGAAGAAGCUCAUCUUAAUACAUCUUUUAAACAUUUAAUGUAUUUCGUCCACGAGUUUAAUCUCAUUGAUAAGAGAGAGCUGACCCCAAUGCAGGACCUCAUCGACAAAAUGUUAAAAUAAAGCAAAUAUUAUUAUUAUCAUUAUUAUUAUUAUUAUUAUUAUUAUUAUUAUUAUUAUUAUUAGAUAUUAUUUCUUGCAUAUCACUCUCUCUUUUAUACACAAGCAGCACACAUGUCGUGUGUCGUUAUUAUGAACGUUUGUCUGUUUAUGCAAAAUUAUAAGAAAUAACAAUAAUAAUUGAUCUGUCUCAGUUUCAGUGUCGUGUUACAUUGUAUGUGGUGAUUAGUUUUAUCAUGUUUUGUCAAUGAUACAGAUUUUUGCUCUGUACUAUACUCAGUUAUACUACA